UGCGCCUUUCCUCUUCAAAGGCAACAGAGAAGCCUUUAACCUUCCUUGCCCUCGAGGCCGCCUUUUGAAAGCGCCCUUCUCCCACGCUCCCUCCGUCCCCCGCGUUUCCCUCUGGGUGGUACCGCCGGCAGGCGACGCUCACGUGACGUGCGCCCGGUCGCUGGCGGGGAGGCGGCGCGCGGCGCGGCCGUUGCCGUUGCCGUUGCCGUUGCCGUUGCCGGCCGCCGCGGCGGUUGGUGGCAGCCGGCUCGCGGCGGCGCUGAGAAGCUCCCUCCUCCGGCGGCGGCGGCAGAGCGGCCCCGCCGCCGCGCAGCGGCUCACUGUGCGCGUCCCGGGCAGCUACCAUGGACAGGACCGCGGUGGCGAAGAUGGGAGCGGUGGCCAGCGCCAGCGUGUGCGCCCUGGUGGGCGGCGUGGUGCUGGCCCAGUACAUCUUCACCAUGAAGAAGAAGACGGGCAGGAAGACCAAGAUCAUCGAGAUGAUGCCGGAAUUUCAGAAGAAGACUGUCCAUAUCAAGGACCCAGGAAGAGUAGAAGAGAUUAUUUGUGGCCUCAUCAAAGGUGGAGCUGCCAAACUUCAGAUUAUUACAGAUUUUGAUAUGACAUUAAGUAGAUUUUCCUACAAUGGAAAAAGAUGUCCAACUUGCCAUAACAUCAUUGAUAACUCUAAACUCAUCACAGAGGAAUGUCGGAAAAAGUUAUUAUGGCUGAAAGAAACAUACUAUGCUAUUGAAAUUGAUCCUGCUCUCACUGUUGAAGAAAAAUACCCAUAUAUGGUGGAAUGGUACAAUAAAUCUCAUGCACUACUCAUUGAACAAGGCUUACAGAAGGAUAAAUUUUCAGAAAUUGUGAGGGAAUCUGAUGUUAUGCUGAAAGAAGGAUAUGAGAACUUCUUUGAUAAGCUCAAUGAACAUAAUAUUCCUGUGUUCAUAUUUUCUGCUGGGAUUGGAGACAUUCUUGAGGAAGUUAUCCACCAGGCUGGGGUCUACCAUUCUAAUGUGAAAGUUGUUUCCAAUUUCAUGGAUUUUGAUGAAAACGGAAUAUUAAAAGGAUUUAAAGGAGAGUUGAUUCAUGUUUACAACAAACAUGAUGGUGCCUUGAAGAAUACAGAGUACUUCAAACAAUUAAAAGACAACAGUAAUAUCAUACUGCUGGGGGAUUCCCAAGGAGACUUGAGUAUGGCAGAUGGAGUAGCAAAUGUUGAACACAUUCUUAAGAUUGGCUAUCUCAAUGAUAAAGUAGAUGAGCUUUUGGAAAAAUAUAUGGACUCUUAUGAUAUCGUCUUGGUGAAAGAUGAAUCUCUGGAAGUCGCCAACUCCAUCUUACAGAAAAUCCUGUAAAUUGCACUCUCAAGUCACUCCAUUCCUUCCAGGUGGCAACUGGAGAGAAGAGCACACUUGUGCCAUCUUAGAUGUGUUUAUUACUCAUUUACAGAACUGUUUAAUUUAAUUUAAAACUUUUAUCAUCAUUUUGGUAUUUUGAAGUAUAUAUGGUACCAAUGGUCAACCAGAAGCUCCUUUUACUGUUGUUAUACUGUUCUUUGUCUCACACUCCUAUUAUAAUAACUAGAUUUAAAUUGGAUUUAUAGAUGAGAUAAACUCUGCUGCUGAUGGAAUACUAUGGUUCACUUUCUUUUAAUCAGGCAUUCAGAGGAGCAUUUUAGAUGUGGCUAUUUUGUAAAAUCAAAGGUGUAAACGUUCUGUGAAUAAGCAAUGUACACAGGUUUGUGUUGCCUUUUUACAUUACUGAGUUGUCUCUCAAAGAAGAGACUUCAAUCUCAGCUGCACUUUGAAGGAUCUUACUAACAUGCUACAGAUGUUCACAGAAGUUUUUCAUACAUAUAUUUUUCUUCAGUAAAAAUGCUUUAUUCACCCAAUUCAGGCAAAGUGUUUGCUAUUAAUAGAUUUCUGUUAAGAAGUUUGAUCAUUACAAAAUAUUCUAUAUUCCUACUGUUUGUUUAUCCUCUGUGGAUUUGGGGGGGGAAGGGGGGCGGGAGAAAUCACACUGUUUUAAGUCGGUAUAUUUGAAUUAAAGUUUCUCAUCCUUGUAACAACA